AACCGCAUAUAAUAAUGGCUGCUCUAGUGCAAAUGGUUACGUGUAAUAGGAGGUUAAUCUAUUCCAAAAUUAUCUUUUGGUCAAGCAAAUGUAUAGACGAGAAUGUUGUACCCAAGCGGAUAACGAAUUACCGUAAGCCGUCUAUCAAGAAGAGAUCUACAAACGCGUCUAAUAUUACUGCAACUCUUUAUAUUCAACUCUUCCUGAUAUAAAGCACGGUAGAAAAGUGGGACUUAAAAGAGGUCCAUGGACACCUGAAGAAGAUCUCCGUUUAAUGAGUUAUAUCCAGGCUCAUGGCCAAGAUCGUUGGAGAUCUCUUUCCAAGAAAGCAGGACUGCUUCGAUCGGGAAAAAGCUGUAGAUUGCGAUGGGUGAAUUAUCUUCGACCUGACGUCAAACGAGGACAUAUUUUACCUGAUGAAGAAGAUUUAAUUCUCAGGCUCCAUCGACUUCUGGGAAACAGAUGGUCUUUGAUCGCGGGACGUAUACCAGGAAGGACUGAUAAUGACAUAAAAAACUAUUGGAACAGUCACCUAAGCAAAAAGCUUAUUAAGCAGGGCAUAGAUCCUCGCACACACAGACCCCUCUCUGAAUCUGAGGACAUAUGGUGGAACCCUCAAGACAGCAAUAUGCAGAAAAACAUUCUCCAAUACACUACAACACCAGAAAGUUCCGAUCCAGAAAUACAUGACAAAGAUUCAGAUUUCACAAUAGCAGAUCUUAAGGAGGACCAGAUUUGCUCUUCAAUGGCUACACCACAAAUCUCUUGCUCAGAAAGUGCACCCACCAUUUUGCCUUUCGCCAGUGAGGAGGAUACCUGUACUGAAAUGAGAAAUUCUAAUUGUUGUGAGACUCCGAAACAAUUAACAUGCAGCUGCUGGUUUCCUUAUUCUCUUCCUGCAACUCCAAUGGCAACAACUUGUGGAAAUACCAGUUCAUUUGUGUACCCUUCAUAUCUGGAAUCACUUAUCAAUGAAGAGUUUGAGUUCCCAGAGCCUACUAUUGGAUACAAUUCUGUUUCACAGCUGUUCCCAGAUCAGUCUGAGCUUCCAAGCCCUAGCUAUGAAUUCUGGUCUACACUCCACUCUCCUAGCACACAUUACCAUCCUUCCUGUUGACCUAAGAAUAUCACUGCAAUAUAUUCCCCUUUUUUUUAUGAUUAUGCAUUCUUCAUUUAACUGUUUGUAUUGUUAAAAUUAAACCUUUUGGGUAAAGUGUGGCCAUGGUUUAGGCACGUAUAUGGUUCUCACUUAAAAUGUAUAUAAGAAAAGUGUGUAGUCGUAGUUUCACUAUUCCAUAAGACUAUAAUGUGCAGCAAAUACAAUUGGCAGAAAGGUUAUAUUCAUUAUUCUUAUUUUGAGAUCAGUGUUUGUACUAAGGGA